AUUAUAAAUUGUAAAUUGAUAUUUUUUUUCUUAAAGAAAUAUUUGUGACGAAGAGACUUUUAAAAUCAAUAUAACAUUGUAAUAAUGAUGCAAGAAUUUUGGAAUAGUUUUUUAGCAUCAUUCACAUUGACAAUAGCAUCCGAAUUUGGUGAUAAAACAUUUCUAACAACAUCAAUAUUUUCAUUAAAAUAUCCACGAUGGUUAGUGUUUAUAUCAUCAAUGUUUGCAUUGACUACAAUGAAUAUUGUUUCCCUUUUUCUUGGAAAAAUAACGGCCAAUAUUCCAACAUAUAUUAUUGAAACGAUUUCAAUCAUAUUAUUUGGUUUGUUUGGUAUUAAAAUGAUUUUUGAUGGUUACAAUAUGAAACAAGAUAUGAAUGUUGAUUUGAAACAAAUGGAAAAAAUUAUUGAAAAUGAAAUUGUAACAAACAAGAAAAAAAAUGAUGAUCAAAUGUCAUCCACAACAUUAUAUUCAAUGGUUUUUUUGAAAAUUUUUUCAUUAAUUUUUCUGGCUGAAUGGGGUGAUCGUAGUCAAUUAAGUACAAUUUUAUUAUCAGCAAAACAAAACGGUGGUCUUCAAUGGGCUGUUGGUUUUGGUUCAUUUUUGGGAAAUUUUUUUACAAAUUCUAUUGCAAUUUUAUGUUCAACAAUUGUUUCCGAAAUUAUUUCCAUUCGAACAGUACAAAUAAUCGGUGGAUUUACAUUUAUAUUCUGUUCAAUUUUUAAAUAUUAUUAUUCUUGAAUUACAUUUCAUCAUCAUCAUAAACCAGCUGCUGCCAUCUACCUCUUUGAAGGAGAAAAAUAUAUCAUCAAAAAACCUUUUUAAAUAUUGAUCAAUAGAUGGCGUAAACGAUAAAACAUAUCAGAUAUUCAAAAUUCAUGGCGCCCACAUGAACAAAAAAAAAACAUAUAGAGAAUUUCUUUUUUCGGAUUCAAUAUUGUUCCAUUCUGUUGUGGUAUGCGCAUACUCAUUAUCAUCAUCACCGAAAGAUUUGUAAAAUAAUAUACCCUAUUGUUGUAUUGUGUCGGUCGUAGGUUGGUUGAUUCAAAAUGAAAUUGAAAAUUUCAUUUCAUUUCACCCAGUUGUUAUUUGGUCGUCAGUUUGUGUGAAUCUUGGCGCCAUAAAAAAAUUAGUUUUUCAUUUCACUGUUGUUGUUUUGUUUAUUUGAUUUUUAUGAUUCUUAUUCUUGAUAAUGAUCAAAU